UUGAAAUUCUUUUAACUGGUUAUUUGAAAAUUUGGUUGCCGUAGCGAGGGUUUCUGAGUGAAGUUGAAGGGGAAAAGCCAUGGCAUUUUCUUCAUUGCGUUCUUCUUCUUGUGUUUUGAAUAAACUCCGAUUGUGCCAACGCUCCAUCUCUGCUAAGGCUUCUUCUUCACCGAAAGACAAAGACAGAGAGAGAUUGAUGUUUGAUUCAGAAAAAGACCUAACUUCAGGAAUCAGCAGACCACUUUCUGAGAUACUGAAAGAGCUGAACAAGAAAGUUCCAGAUUCACUCAUCAAGUUUCGACAUGAACCUAAUGGAUUCUCCCUCAAAUACAUACCAUGGCAUAUUGUGAAUAGGAUUAUGAAUUUACAUGCACCGGAAUGGUCUGGCGAAGUUCGAAGCAUCACCUACUCAUCUGAUGGCAAGUCAGUUUCAGUUGUUUAUCGUGUGACAAUAUAUGGGACUGAUGCAGAGAUAUAUCGAGAGUCAACUGGCACUGCUUCAGUAGAUGAUCCAGGUUACGGGGAUCCUGUGCAGAAGGCAGAAGGUAUGGCAUUUCGUCGAGCUUGUGCUCGUUUUGGGUUGGGACUUCAUCUUUAUCAUGAGGACAUGUCAUAGACUGGGAUAGGUUCAAAUUUCUUUUUGGCAUGAGCAAAGAUCCCAAUUUUGUUGUUAAAAAACAUUACUAAAGGUAACUGUACUAUGGAAUCUGGUUCAUUUUGUAAGCCCAAAAGUGUUGUUCUUUCAAUGUGUCAAGUUGGUAUUUACUAAGAGUUGAAACUCCAAAUGUAUCUAAGCAAAUAUGUUACUAAUGAAAAACAAUGCCCCAUUAGUAUGAUUUAAA